AUGUGGCAUUCAAUUAUGUUGCUUGUCAAUAUAUUUCUCUUGUUUUGUCCUGUAUCCAUAAAAAGUUCCUCUUACUGGAAAAGGAGUUCUAUUUCUAUACAACUGAAUGAACUUGAAAAAAAGAUGACAAAGGAAUCAUCAGAUGGAUGGAAAUCAAUGGAUGAGUAUAUAGAUUGCGUAACAAAAGGCUUGGAAUUGAAAAAUCAAGUUCGAUUAAUGACAGGAUUUCAAGAUAUAAUGAAUACUGUGGAAAAAGAUUAUGGUGUAACUAUUUCUAAUGCAUCCAAAGUGAAAACAUGUUUCUACAACGAAAAACUGAUAUCUGAGGGACAAUUACAAAAUCAUACAGAGCAUCUAUGUAUGAAACAUAGAAAAUCAAAAUAUAAAGGUAUCGAUAUACUACACAAUCGAAUGACUACUAAACAGAGUGAAAUUUUCCUACUGUUUUCUGAUAUGUUUAAACACCAACUUCUGACAGAUAUUCUGGAAGAAAUGAACAGUGGUAGAUGGAGAGAAAAGAAAACACAAAAAUUCAGUUAA